GUUGGAGAGAUUUCUGGAGCUUUCCAGAACACCAAGAUCUCUCUGCCAUUCCUGCCCCACCGUCACAAAAUCUUUCUCCAGAAAUGUCCACACUUCUCUUUAAAUAUCACCAAUUCCAUCGAUUUACCUAAACUACGUUUUACUCUGGUCACAAAAAACAAAUCAAACAUGUCUCAAGUUCUGUCAAAUUUGAGCUUUUCUCUUCCUUCAUCGGCAAAAAUCACAUCCACUGAAUCAAGAAACUUUUGCUUCUUGAAAACAAAUGGGGCCAGCUAUAAUUCCCUCCGCAAGAAAAACAGUAGCAUCAAGGUCGUGGCAGCAGAUAACAGAGCCAAUCUUGACCACCUUCAGAGAGCCAGCAAGCAUCAGCAACAGACUCAACCCAAGAAAAAGGUGGUUCCUGUUGCCCCACCGGGAUUGUGGGACAGAUUCCCAACAGCCAGAACAGUGCAGCAGAUGAUGGAGACGAUGGAGAGAAUAAUGGAGGACCCAUAUGCCUAUUCCGGCCGGUGGCCAUCACCAGCACCUACCAAUGAAAGUGGGUACGGUAGAGGAAGGACGCCAUGGGAGAUAAAAGAGGGAGAAAGCGAGUACAAGAUGAGAUUCGACAUGCCUGGAAUGACGAAGGAGGAUGUGAAGGUGUGGGUUGAGGAGAAGAUGCUGGUUGUGAAAGCCGAGAAGACGCCGGCGAAGAAAGUGAACGGUGGAGAAAAUGGGAAAAAAGCAGCAGCAGCAGAAGAAGAAGAAGAAGAAGAGGAGGAGUGGUCUGCUAAGAGUUAUGGAAGGUAUAGCAGUAGAAUUGCAUUGCCGGAGAAUAUUCAGUUUGAGAAGAUAAAAGCUGAGGUUAAAGAUGGAGUCUUGUAUAUAAACAUCCCUAAAGCUAGUACCGCCGGCAAGAUUCUGGAUAUCGAGGUUAAGUGAUCAGAAUUUUGUAUACUUGAAAAUGGCUUUUUCGGCUUUACGUAAAAAUUUCUUUGGUUUUCGUAAAUUAACAUGGAAGUAAGUUUUGUAUGUAAAGAGGACCACUGUCAAGAGUUCUUAGUUCUUAUUGCUUCUUGGUUUUUGUUUGUUAAGAUGAAAGAAGGUUUUCUCUUCUUUCCUUUUA